UUCCUGUUUCAUGUGACGCUGUGUUUUCAACCCAACAGUCAGCUGAGUUUCUUUCUUGUGGGUUUCCAGCAGACGGCAGCAUGGCAGCAUCUGGUGAGUCCAUUCAGGAUUGAUGUCACCUGUAUGUUACCUGAGAGCUCAUUUCUUCUACACUCAGUUUCUGGAUUGAACAAGAAGUUAUUUUGGACUAACAGGAGGAAGAGCAAGAGCUCAUGUUGUCAGCAACACAACUUCAACACACUGCAGGCAGCUCAGCAACAGCAGUUACUGUAGAUUUAAAACAUCUCAUCCUUUGUCUGAUGAAACCAUUAAACACACUUUGGGACCAGCGGUGUGCUGAACAUGAAGAAACUUCUAUUCUGUUCUUCUUUGUCCUCACAGCUCCAAAAUAUGGGCGACCCCGGGUGUCCAGGAGCAGCAAAGAAUUCCUGCCACCCAACAUGUCUGAGCUGAGGGUUGUUCUGUUGGGGAACAGCUGGUCUGGGAGGAGUUCUGUUGGGAACUUCAUACUGGGAGAAACUGUGUUUAACACAAAUGAAGAACCAAACAACUGUCUGAGGGUCAGAGGACAACUGAAGGACAAAGAAAUAGUUCUGAUCAACACUCCAGAUCUGCUGAAUCCAAACAUCUCGGACAAGAAACUAAGAGAACAUGUAGAACUCUGUGUCAGACUCUCUGAUCCUGGACCUCAUGUGUUCCUGCUGGUUCUACAGCCUGAAGACUUCACUGAGGAACACAGACUGAGGCUCUGCAGAGUCCUGGAACUAUUCAGUCAUCAAUCAUUUGAUCAUUCACUGGUUCUGAUGUCAAAACCCAGAGUGAAGAGUCAAGUUUUAUAUAAUUCUUACAUACGGCGGGCACCCUUAUGGGAGAUGAUUAGAAGCUGUAGAAACAGGUCACUGAAGCAGCAGGACCUUGAACUUCCAGAGUUACUGAGAAGUUUGAAGCAAAUUGUAGAGAAGUACAAUGGAAACCAUGUGAUGUGUCAUCAUCCAACCAUAAAACCUUGGAAGUCUCUUGCAAACUUGGGUUCUGCUCCAUCUGCUGCUUCCCUCUUGCACCGUGUGUCUCCGUUGCCUCUCUGCCACGUGGCGACCUGUUCCACCGGCCAGCAGCAGCUCCUUCAGUCCAGGCAGUUUUUUUUAUUCAUAUUUGUUUACGUUUUUAUUCCAGCACAUGGACUCAGGAUCGUGUUGUUUGGAAAAAAUGACAACAAAAAGGCAGCACUGGGAAACAUCAUCGUAAGGAGGACAGAGUUUUCUGUUCCAAAACUCUCUGGAGGAAAACGGUGUGAAGCUGCUCGUGGAACGUGGAACAUGAAACCUUUAACAGUAGUGAAAACUCCAGACGUCUUCAGUCUGUCUGUGGAAACAGUUAUAGAAGAGAUGAAGAGAUGUGUGGAUCUCUGUCCUCCUGGACCAAAUGUUCUGCUGCUGUUAGUGACACCUUCAGAUUUCACUGAAGGCAACAGAGAAACUCUGAAGCUCAUCCUGAGUCUGUUUGGUGAAGACGCCUUCAAACACUCCAUGGUCGUCAUGACGCAUGACAGUGAAAUAAAACCCCCCGUUAAUGAACUCCUGAGAGACUGUGGAGGAAGACGCUACAACAUGUCUGAAGAUAACUUUGGAUCAUUGAUGAAGAAGAUUGAGAACAUUGUGCAAGAAAACAAAGGAACCUUCAUCACCUUCGCUGAAGAGACAAGAAGACCAAAGUCUGAACCCAUCAAACCUCCUCUGAACCUGGUCCUGUGUGGUAGAAGAGGAGCUGGGAAGACUUCAGUAAUCAACGCUAUUCUGGGACCAACAAGGUCUGGUCCACCUGCCGACUCAUCAGAGUGUGUUAAAGCCCAGGGAGAGGUGUGUGGACGUCGGGUUUCCCUGCUGGAGCUGCCUGCCUUGUAUGGAAAACCUCAGGAGGCAGUGAUGGAGGAAUCCUUCAGGUGUAUCUCCCUCUGUGAUCCUGAGGGCGUCCAUGCCUUCAUCCUGGUCCUACCUGUGGGUCCCCUCACUGAUGAAGACAAGGCAGAGUUACAGACCAUCCAGAACACAUUCAGCUCUAAAGUCACAGACUUCUCCCUCAUUCUGUUCACUGUGGAGUCAGAUCCUACAGCUCCAGCUGUUGUUGACUUUAUAAGACAGAACAGAGACAUCCAGGAGCUCUGUCAGAGCUGUGGAGGAAGAUCUGUUGUUGUCAACAUGAAGGACAAGCAGCAGAUCCCAGAGCUGCUGGAUCAAGUGGACCAGAUGUCAGAUGAAGGAUCCAGAUGUUUCACUAAGGACAUGUUCACUGAGGCUCAGAUGAAGAAGGUUUUACAGCUUAAAGCAGAACAGCACUAUCUAAAACGCAGCAAGGCGUUGGCUGAUGAUGAAAAUCUGAGCAGAAAGACUCUCAGGAUGGUGCUGAUGGGAAAAACUGGCAGCGGGAAGAGCUCGACUGGAAACACCAUUUUGGGCAACGAACUAUUUUUAUCCAAAGCCAGUCAGAGAUCGGUGACCAAACGCUGCCAGAAAGCAGCAGGACAGAUCGAUGGCUUGUCUGUCUCUGUGGUCGACACUCCCGGUUUGUUCGACACGACUCUGUCUGCUGAGGAGGUUAAAGAGGAGCUGGUGAACUGCAUCACCAUGUUGUCUCCUGGACCUCACGUGUUCCUACUGGUGCUGCAGAUCGGCCGAUUCACAGAGGAGGAAAAAGAGGCGGUGAAAAUGAUCAAGAAGAUUUUCGGCCAGAAGUCAAAAAACUUCAUCAUUGUUACGUUCACAAGAGGAGAUGAUCUGAAAGGUCGAUCGAUUGAAAGUUACAUAGACGAAGACUGUGGUGACUUUGUAAAACAUCUGAUCGCUGACUGUGGAGGAAGAUACCAUGUCUUCAACAACAACGAUCCAACAAACCGCACACAAGUCACAGAGCUGCGGACCAAGAUCGAGACCAUGGUGAAGAAAAAUGGAGGCAGUUUCUACACUACAGAGAUGUUCCAAGAGGCUGAAGCAGCGAUACGACAGUCAGUGGAGACGAUGCUGAAGGAGAAGGAAGAGGAGAUGAAGAGAAAGAUGGAGGAGAUGGAAAGAAAACAUGAGGAAGAAAUGCAAAAAGUAGAAAGAGAAAUGAGAGCAGAGAUAUCCAGAAUUGAAUCAGAGAAAGAACUGAGAGAAAAACAACUCAAGGAGAAGGAGGACUACAUCAACAAUGAGCAGAAGAAGAGAGAGAGAGAACAGACAACCAGAGAAGAGGAAGACAGAAAGAGGAAACACCAGGAACAAAUUCAACGACAGGAGUGGAAACAAAAGCUUCAAGCUCUGGAGAAGCAAAUAUCAGAAUCUGAGUCAACGGACGAGCUCAUCAGAGAGCUGAAAUACAACAGAGAAGAACUGCGAAGACAGAGAGAAGCCUGGGAGAUGGAGAGAGAAGGAUGGUGGGAACAACGGUUACAAGAAAAUAUACAGAGACAAGAGAUGGAACAAAUGAGAAUUCAGAAGCUCAUAGAAGAAUUUCAACAGGAAAGAGAUGCAUAUCGAAGAAAAAUAAAAGACGACUGCAUCAGAGUGGAAUCUGAGGAAAGAAAGAGGAGAGCUUUAGAGAGACAACACAAGUUAGAAAUGGAGGAAAUGAAACAGAAAUACGAGGACAAGGCCAGAAAUCAAGCUGAAGAAGUCAAUGACUUCAGACAGAAAUACACCAGAGACUUUGAAACUCUGAUAGAAAAAUAUGAUGAGGAGCUAAAGGAUCUGAGACAAACCUACCAGGUAUUAAUGAAAGAGAAAGAGCAACACAAAGAUGAGUUCACUCUUCUACACAAACUCUCCAGCCACAAAGAAGAAAGGCUCACACAAGAACUGAAGGACCUGCAGAAGAAGCAUAAAGAAGACAUGAAAAAACUAAAGCAGAAACACCAAGACCAGUGCAUCAUUGCCUGA